CACGCCCCUCGCUGUCAUCUGGCCCCAACACUAUCAAGGUCGUUGCGAGAUUCCGACCGCAGAACAAGGUUGAAUUAGCGUCAGGAGGGGAGCCCAUCGUUGAGUUUGAAAAUGAGCAAUCAUGUCUCAUCAACUCCGGAGAAUCUGCUUCUUUCACCUUCGACCGAGUGUUUCCUAUGAACUCGCUGCAGGCCGACAUCUUUGACUUCUCUAUUCGGCCUACUGUUGACGAUAUUUUGAACGGAUAUAAUGGAACCGUUUUUGCGUAUGGUCAGACGGGAGCAGGAAAGUCGUAUACCAUGAUGGGCUCGGAUAUCGAUGAUGACGUCGGGAAGGGUAUCAUUCCGCGUAUUGUCGAGCAAAUCUUCGCCAGUAUUCUCACGAGUCCGAGCAACAUCGAAUACACCGUUCGUGUUAGUUACAUGGAAAUUUACAUGGAACGUAUUCGCGACUUGUUGGUCCCCCAAAACGAUAACCUGCCUGUGCACGAGGAGAAGUCGCGAGGUGUGUAUGUUAAAGGGUUGCUCGAGGUCUAUGUUUCCAGUGUACAAGAGGUCUACGAGGUUAUGCGUCGUGGUGGUACGGCCAGGGCAGUUUCCGCCACAAACAUGAACCAGGAGUCCUCCCGAUCUCAUUCGAUUUUUGUCAUUACCGUUACACAGAAGAACCUCGAAACCGGUUCCGCUAAGAGCGGUCAGCUCUUCUUGGUCGACUUGGCUGGUAGCGAGAAGGUUGGAAAGACAGGUGCCAGUGGACAGACUCUUGAAGAGGCUAAGAAAAUCAACAAGAGUUUAAGUGCUCUUGGUAUGGUCAUCAACGCGCUAACGGAUGGCAAAUCGACACAUAUCCCAUAUCGGGAUUCCAAACUUACCCGAAUCCUGCAAGAAAGUUUGGGUGGUAACUCAAGAACUACGUUGAUCAUUAACUGCUCUCCCAGUAGUUACAACGAUGCAGAAACAAUCUCUACACUACGAUUCGGUGUGCGCGCAAAGGCAAUCAAGAACAAGGCGAAGGUCAAUGCUGAACUGAGCCCGGCCGAAUUGAAAGCGCUACUUCGCAAAGCUCAAGGUCAAGUCAUCAAUUUUGAGAAUUAUAUCUCGGCUUUGGAGACCGAAGUUCAGGUAUGGCGAAGUGGUGAGACCGUUCCCAAAGACCGGUGGACUUCCAGGGGCAGUGAAACAGUCAGUGCUACGAAACCUGAGCCUCGCGGACCACGCCCUGGAACUCCUUCUCGACUUCAAGACACCCCUCGAUCCGAGACCCCUCGACCGGAUUCACGAGUUGGUGAUCGCUCUAGCACACCCAGCAUCAUUCUAGAGAAAGAUGAACGAGAGGAAUUCCUUAAGCGGGAGAAUGAUCUCCACGAUCAGAUCGCGGAGAAGGAAUCGCACAUUGCCAAUGUUGAACGCGGUCUUCGCGAAGCAAGGGAGGAACUGAAAAGCAUGAAGGAGAACUCCGCACGCUCGGGUAAGGACAAUGAAAAACUGAACACAGAGGUCAAUGAGCUGCGCAUGCAGCUAGAAAAGGUGUCGUACGAAAGCAAAGAAGCUUCAAUUACCAUGGAUGGCCUUCGGGAAGCCAACGCCGAGUUAACUGCUGAGCUGGACGAUGUCAAGCAGCAACUCCUUGAUGUUAGGAUGAAGGCUAAAGAAACCAGUGCUGCAUUGGAUGAGAAGGAGAAAAAGAAAGCCGAAAAGAUGGCUAAAAUGAUGGCUGGGUUUGAUCUCGGGGGUGAUGUUUUCUCCGAUAACGAGAGGAAAUUGCAAGAUCUCAUUCAACGCGUCGACUCGCUGCACAAGGUCAGCGAAACAGGCGAAACUAUUGCCCCUGAUGACCUUCUCGAGCUCCGAGCCAGCCUCGUGGAAACUCAAGGGUUUAUUCGCCAGGCCGAACUAACCAUGAAUGACCGAGGGGAACUGGGUGAGCUGCAGGACAGCCGUAGAGUGGUGGUUGAGGAGAAGCUGGCCAAUCUCGAGCAGGACUAUGAGAAGCUUCUGGAACGGAACCUGGGCAAAGAAGAUGUCGGAGAGAUUAGAGAGCGGCUGGAGAAAGUGUAUGUUACUCGCAAAGAGACUGAACUGCAGGCCGCCGCCGAACUUAGGAGCGAAAUUGCGCGCAAGGAUGAAGAACUUGGCAAGUUGCGACAGUCUCUUGCGGACUCCCAAUCUCGAGUGUCGACGAAUGGCGCUGCAGGCAAGAAUCUGCAACAACAGAUUGCCGAAUUUGACGCCAUGAAAAAGUCACUCAUGCGUGACUUGCAGAACCGUUGUGAGCGCGUAGUGGAGCUGGAGAUCUCGCUGGAUGAUGCCCGUGAGCAAUACAAUAACGUGCUCCGCUCCUCGAACAAUCGGGCUCAGCAGAAGAAGAUGGCCUUCUUGGAACGCAACCUUGAACAACUGACCCAUGUACAGCGGCAGCUGGUGGAACAGAACAGCAGUUUGAAGAAGGAAGUGGCCAUUGCGGAGCGCAAACUCAUUGCGAGAAACGAGCGGAUCGCGAGCCUGGAGAGCCUGCUCCAGGAGAGCCAGGAAAAGCUCACCCAAGCGAACCAUCGUUUUGAGGCUCAACUCACUGCUGUCAAAGAGAGACUCGAGGCCGCGAAGCAGGGGUCGACGAGGGGUCUUCCAACUAUGGAUGGCAGCAGCGGUUUCAGUUUUGGCGGCUCGAGGAUUGCGAAGCCGCUCCGCGGCGGCGGUGGGGGAUCCGAGAGCAGCGCUCCCAUUGCUGGGGUCCAGUCGCAGGAGACGGCGAAACGUACCAGCUGGUUCUUUGAUCGACGAUGA